ACACGUGUACAGUAUGCUGCCUCGUCUCGUGCGAUAGCCUCUGCCCAGGACGCUGGUCGAACGGCAGGCAGAAGCGACCGCCCCGACAAACACAGUCCAUGGUCAGUGCGAACCUCGGUGUUCCAAAUGGGCAGCCUCUUCGAAGUUGGCAAACUGACAAUUAUUCAACAGCAGACGACGCCACCACGCCUUGAGCCACAUCAGCCCUCUCUUCAUCGGUCGACCCACGCCUCAAAGACCCCCUUCAUUUAUUCACGCCUCAGAAACCGCCGACAAGACCACGUCCGAUCACUUGGCCACAAUACAAGCCACUCCCCUGGCGAACGCCGCGGCCGGCGCGUCAUCGCGGCGACAGCUGUGCACUCCAUCGUCGAUGAUCGCUGCUGCAGAAUGACCGAGGCAAGGGCCAGAUCGCAGCUGGCCGGGAGCCCUACAUCCUGGUGUCCACGUUGUUUCCAAAAGACCAGCCCUGCGCCAAACAGCUGUCUCGUCCUGCCGAGAUGUCCGACACGAUGCCAGAGGAGACAAGCAACGGGCGUUACGACACCAUAGCAAGCCGGAAGUUGUGGGAUGACAUCGGAGCGCCUACAGGAGCGGAUCGGAUACUCUCCAUCGACUUUAUCGGCUUAACCGUGCCAAUCAGGCUCUCGCUACGACUAAGCCAGCUGCCCACAACCAUGUACAUGCGGAAAGGGCGGACGCGAGCGUUCUGCUCUCGUGCCCGGCGACCCAACUCCUGGGCCAUGAACGCCAGGUCUGCCGCACAACGGGGUGAUAGCUCGCUGGGCUUGGACGAAUUCCGGAUGAGAACGAAGGCGGCAUUACCAAGAACGCAUCACGACAAGACAUGCACGACUAUACCGACGGCAGCGAUUAUCUGGAGCCACGGGCACAGCUACUGGCAUCCCGAGACGACCCCCGGGCUCAGCCAGUGCCUGCACAGCCAAUCGGGUCAUCAUUGGCGACCUGACAGGCCGCCGGAGAUAGGCUAAUCGGCCAGUAUGCAGGCGGCUCAGAACCAACCCCAGCGAGCCGCUCGGAGGAGCUUGCCCGAAUCGGGCAGGGUUUCCACCCUCGUCGGAUAUAGUGGAACGGCGCAACAUUGGGCCGCCGGUCUGGCCACGAG